AUGGACGGUGGAGAGUACAUAUCAUCCAUGGAGAACAUGGACCCGACUUUAGCAGAAUUAGGGGACGAAUUCACUUUGGGUGACAUCGAUGAGAUGCUACAGUUUGUCAGCAACCAGGUGGGAGACUUCCCAGACCUGUUUGAGGACCAGAUGACCCCGGCGGGCUCUCUGCAAAGCGGCACCACCAGCGCCACCCCACGACCUACCCUUCAAACCCCUCAGACACCGACCCCCGCCACCUACCAGAGCUCCAACAUCAGCCUCACCCCCACCCAGACCCUGUCCUCCCAGUCUCUACCCCUCACCCCUCCCCUCACCCCCGCCCAGACCCCUUCCCCCGCCACCGCAGGCCAGCAGGUGACCCGCAGCCCUCCUGUUCUCCAGCCUCGACCUCAGGUUGUUCAGCCAAUCCAGCCUCAGCCCCAACAGACAGCGCAGACCGCCAUCCAGAUGCACACACAAGGGAUCCCAAUGCAGACCCAGAGCUUCCCUGUCCACACCCUGGUUCAGACCCACAGCCAGACACCCCUGCCCAUCCAGACCCAGGCGGCCCAGACCGUGAUGAUCGCCUCCAAUGGUGGACAGUCACGUUUCAUUCAGAACCCCGUCAUCUGCCAUCAGAGUCCUGCUCCUGGUUUCCAAGUCCUCCAGCCACAGGUGCAGAGUAUCAUGACAUCUCCACAGCUCCAACCAGUGACCAUUCAACACCAGCGUGUCCUUACCCCCACCGGUCAGACCAUCCAGACUCUGUCCACAGCGCCCACCACAGUACACACUGUGCAACAACAAGUACCUGUUCUGGUCCAGCAACCUCAAAUUCUGAAGACAGACUCACUGGUUCUCACAACCCUCAAACCAGAUGGCACACAGGUGCUUUCUACUAUGCAGAGCCCCACAGGGAUCACCACCUUGACCACGCCCAUCCAGAACACUGCUCUGCAAGUGCCGACGCUGAUGAGCAGCAACAUCCUGACCACUGUCCCCGUUAUGAUGGGAGGUGGAGACAAGCUGCCCAUCAAGCAGUUACAACCAGGCUCCUCCCACUCCACAAGUGCACCCAGAGUAAAUGCAGAGCAGGGCCAGAUGGCAGCAGCAGGAGUAUGUCAGGGAGGUGGUGUAGUGAAGGAGGGCGAGCGGAGGACAACACACAACAUCAUUGAGAAGAGGUACCGCUCUUCUAUCAACGACAAAAUCGUGGAGCUCAGAGACCUGGUCAUGGGUAACGACGCAAAGAUGCACAAGUCAGGAGUGCUGAGAAAAGCAAUCGACUACAUCAAAUACCUGCAACAGGUCAACCACAAACUGCGACAGGAGAACCUGGCCCUGAAGAUGGCAAACCAGAAGAACAAGCCAGUGACACUGUCUGAAGACGUGGAACUAAAACAGGAAAUUGUAAUGAUGUCACCUCCAGCCUCCGACUCCGGCUCCGGCUCCCCUCAUCAGUUCUCUCCUUACUGUGUUGACUCGGAGCCAGGCAGCCCCCUAUUGGAUCAUGAUCCGGUGAAGAGUGAGCCAGAGUCACCCUCCUCAGUUGGAGUGAUGGAUCGCUCACGUUUGCUUCUGUGUGCUCUGACCUUCUUCUGCCUUUCCCUGAACCCGCUGCCGUCUCUGUUGGGUUCCGAGACCGCGGGGAGCCCCAACUUGUCCACAGGCCACGUUCCCACUAGAACGCUUUUCUCAUUCCCAAGUCACACACAAGACUUUGCAUCCUGGCUGCGGUGCCUCUUGCCGUGGGUGAUGGUGUGGGUGCUGAGUGGAGUGGGAGCAGUGUGGGGUUGUGUCAGGGUGUUAUACCUGUGGGAGCCUGUCACACCCCUCCACUCACCAAAAUCGGUUUCUUUCUGGAGGCAUCGUAAACAAGCCGACCUGCAUCUCAACAGAGGAGAUUACACAGCAGCAAUGGACAGUUUAGAGACCUGCCUGUCCGUCUUGACCAGAGCCCUUCCCUCAACAAAUCUGGAUCUGGUCUGUUCACUGUCCUGGAAUCUGAUCCGCUACAUCUUGCAUCGUCCGACUCCUCUUGGCUGGCUGGUUCACCAGGUUGGAGGGAAGCAUGAGGGGGAGGAGGCGAGGACGAGCGCAAAGGACGCAGCACUGGUUUACCACCGGCUGAGCCAACUACAGCUCACAGGGAAGCUUCCUCAGCGUAGCAGUCUGUGGGCGUUGUCUCUGUCCCUCAGCGCUGUGAACCUCAGUGAAAGCGCCCAAAGUAAGAUGUCUCCGGCUCAGCUCGCCCAGAUCUACGUCACUGCAGCCACAGCCCUGCGCACUGUGUUGGGUCACCACCUCACAUGUCUGCCUGGUUACCUGUUGAGCUGUGCAGAGAGCGUGGCCAACCAAUCAGACACCAAGCAGAUCCCAGACUGUCUCCGCUGGCUCUUCACCCCCCUGGGCAGGCAGUUCUUCCUGGGCUGUGAUUGGUCCGUGAAAUCGGAGAGCUGUGAUGGGGUGUAUACUUCUCAGAGAGACCCAGUCGACCCUGUUGCCCAGCUGCACCGCGGUUUCUGCAGAAAGCUUUUGGAGAGAGCCGUUCACACCCUUAUCCAGCCGCAGAGCGAAUCCGACACAGGGAAACGCAAGGACGACUCUGGGGAGUUUUCCAAUGCCCUUGAGUUCCUCCAUUUGCUGAACAGCUGUACAGAGGACUCUCCUUCCUCGCCUCCUCCAUUCUCGACUCCUCCCAAUCACACCACCACACCAGUGGGAGACCCUGUGAGUCGCUGGUGGGCUUUGGUCCUCAAGGCUGCUGUGCAUUGGCUGCAGGGGGAUGAUGUCGCAGUGAGGUCCCUGUUGGCAGAAGCCGAGCGAAUGCCGAGGGCUCUGCACACACUAGACCAUCCGCUGCCUAAGGCUGUUCUUCUCCUCUGUAAGUCUGUUCAGAUGAGUCUGUUGCCUCUGAAAGGGGAGGGGGCCAUGGCCUGCCUGUCCCACUGUGACAGAUCCAGCAGCUACUUGCGCUCCAGCAUCUCAGUGCCUCUAGCUCAGUCUGGAAACUGGCUGAACAAGGGGGUGGAGCUCCUCAUCUGUGACCUGCUGCUGACUUUGAGGACCAGUUUAUGGCAGCGGGGCGGGAGCAGUAAUGGUGAACCAGGCCCUGCUCCUGGAUCCCAGUUGGCUGGUUUUCAGAGGGACCUCAGCGCUCUCAGAAAGCUCACACAGUGCUACAGACAGGCACAACACAAGGUGUUUCUUCAUGAGACGACAGUGAGGCUGAUGGCUGGAGCCAGUCCCACAAGGACACACCAGCUGCUAGAACAUAACCUCCGACGUCGGACUCACAGCUCCUACACAGCCGAAGGUGAAUGUGUCCUGGGUGAGAGGGAGAGGGCUCAUGCCAUCCUGCUGGCUUGCCGUCACCUGCCCAUGCCCCUGCUAACCCCACCCGGGCACCGUGCCCGCCUGCUGGCCGAGGCCAAGCGCACCCUUGAGCGGGUCGGAGACCGGCGAUCCCUUCAGGAUUGCCAGCAGAUCCUGCUGCGGCUUGGUGGGGGGACGACCAUCGCUGCCUCCUGAACACACACACACAUAUACACACACACACACACAGAUUAGGGCUACUCACAAGAUCAAGCCAUGUACUGUGAUUUGCUAAAGCAGGCAAAUUAUCACACAAAUAAUUACAAUUUCAUGAUGGAUCAAGAGCCGCAGUCCUUGUCAUAGCUGCAUCCACUCUGAGGCUGAAACACACUAAGGCCACGCAUCUGCUCCUUCGAUACUUAAUUUGCAGCGGCACAAUCACACCGCCCUCUGGUCAUUAAUGGUACCACGUUGGCGUACCGCCUCAUUUUAACAAAGCAACACAACAAGGAAAAUCAGGUUAAAAUAGGCCCCAAAGGGGAAAGGGACCAUUAUCUAAUAGCUGUUUAAAUAAAUGCAAUGCAGCAGUAAGUGCAUUGAUUAGCUGUAGGAUACAAAGUUGUACAAUCAUUAUUGGCACACAGCAACAUUAGUGCUAUAAUAACUGUGUAAUGUCUCAUUACACUUGCAAGCUUCAAUUAAGGGCUUCAGAGUUUUCAAGCAGCCAAGAUCUGUUAAAACAAGGCUGUGCUGUAGGACACAGACAAAUAGAGUAGCUUGUUGUGAGUGUACAGUGCUGAGUAGUGUCUUUUCUUAUCUACCUCAUACUGUACAAUGCCAGCAUUGUACUGUGGAGCAAAGUAGGACAUUUUAACACCAUGUCAUUUAUCCUGAAUUUAAAUCAAGCGACUAUUGCAAGUGAUGCUUCAGUUCAGUGCAGUUUCAAUCUAAUAAAAUCAUGCUGGGCUGCUUUAGUUAGGCUUGAGGAUGAAGCAGAGGCAGCACUUUAGGAAUUGGACAUGCUGUGCUAGAAAUGGUGCAAAAGGACAGCAACUGCUGCUUUCAGAUCAGACGGGUAACAAUUGGAUAACAAGAAAAUAGCAUGGGCCGCAAUGUUUUAAAAUGCCUACACUUACUCUCACACACACACAUUACAUAUUAAAUUAAAUGCAUACAGACUCAAUGUCAUUGUAUAUAAGUUGUACAUAAGCAGAUAAAAGUCUUAUUAGAUGAAACAGGAAGUCCUUAUCUACUGCUAGAGAGGAGAUACGUGUUAAAGAAAGCAACAGAAUGUUUGUAACCGUCAGAGGCUGGAUCUGAUGCUCUGAACAGGAGGAGAGGUCUGACUACAUCGUCAAGACAGUGAAUUGAAUGGAAUUUCUUCAAAGUAAUGUUUGCAUUUGUUGUAACGCUCUCAAGCAAAAUGGCCUUGAUGUUAUGUAGAAAAAUUAUUUUGUUAUUUUUCUUCACAUUUGGAGUGAUGGAGGAGAGGAAUCUGUCUGUUUUUAUUUUUGAUUGUCCACUCAUGUCUCGGCUCUUCUGCCAUUCCAGUUUUUGUGCACCGAUUAUCUUAUUUAAUGGUCAUGUUGAUAUUAAUAUAAAUGCUUUUCAUUUUGGAGAGGUGUGUUGAGCAGUUUUACAAGUCUGUCAUUAUUAUUGUUUUAUAUUGGCAAAUACAGCCUAGUAUCAGAAGCAGAAUUUUUAAUAUUAGGAUGAUGUAUAUUUUAUUUAAGUCAAUUCUACUUUUGAAACAGGUAGCGUAAGAGUUAAGGAUCACAGUUUCUUCUUUACAGAUAGGUAAUUCUCUGGAGUUUCUUAAUUCAAGCAAGUGCAGGUUUUGCAGUUAAAUAUUUCCAGAACUGUCUUCCAGGUCACCCCAAGCCCAACUGAGCGAUUUUAAAAGUUCUGAAAAUGUAUCAUUAUAAAUUUAGCUUUUUCCCGACUGAUAAAUGUGUACAGAGAAGGAAGCAGUGCUCCGCCAGACUGAAGGAGAUCCUGCUAUUAUUAUAAUUGUUACUUUUUUUGUUCUUUCCCAUUUUUGUGUUUUAUUGUCUGGAUUUCUGUGUUCAUUUUGAUGUUUUCUAAUAAAACAUGUGACA